CAAACAAAAUUAUUACGUGUUUGUACUUUGUUGUGUUUACUUUGGUAUUAUAUCGAAUCCCCAUUCAUACCACGAUAACUUCAUUUAAAAAAGCGGAAUAGAAAGUCUUUAAAACCGUUGACGUUUGUGAAUUUGCGCAGGAGAUCUUUCUUCGUCAGCAUUACUAUUUCCAACGACGAAGAACAAUUCGUCGAUAAGAUUUAAACACAGCAUUCACCCUUCAAGUUCCUCUGGUGCAUGAUUUUAUCUUAUCCAGCCUCCUCUCCGAGCUCGACUCUUCUUAAAUACUUUGCGAUGUUUUCUUUCUCUCUUUUUAUUUUGCCUUGUAGUAGUGUUUCUCGGUGAAGCGUUAAUAGCCCUGAUAACCUCACGUAUUGUCCGAUUGCUUGGGCUAACAAUCGCGCGCAUUAUUAGUAACGUCUCGUGAUUCGUUCGCAUUCGAAUCGCGAGACCGCCUUGCUUUCCGUUCUCGACGGAAAAAUCUAUCAUUUCGUUCGGAAUGAUAGAUAGCCCGCGUGCUCCUGCCUUUCUGCAUAAUGUUAAUUUCGUCAAAUUGAUGAUCGUGCGUGCGUUCGUUUGUAUUUAAGCGAGUUUCGGCAUAUACGCGGAGUUUUUCUCAUGCGAAUUUCUAUUCGCCUUGAAUCUUCAUUAAGUACUCAUGCGUCGAAUGAAAUGCACGUACACGUUGGCACGUACACGUUGGCUAAGCCAAUACUCGUCGAGUUUUUCAUGUACUCGCUGGACCAGCAUAGCUUUGCAUCCCUAUGUCGUGUGCGCGUGUGUGUGCGCGUUUGUGUAUAUAUAUAAGUACUUGUGUUUACUUAAUGAAUCAAGGCCAGAGAAAUAUCGAGAAAGUCACUUUGAUAUCCGAAAAAUGUAUAGAGAGAUUGUAAUGCCUUUCCUGGCUGACGAUGAACCGAUAAUCACAAUGAGACGGCGAUCUUAUUAUCGAAGAUAAAUAAACAAGUUCAAGGUUCAUUUGACAAUUUCAAAUCGAUGAUAUUAAUGAAAGAAAAGGAAAAUUAUAAAGAAUGUUAGAGAGAUAUAUAGAGAAAUCGAUCGACAUUUAAUCAUAAAGUUGCUCCUCGAACGGUCGAUAAUAACCGACGAUGAAAAAUCUCUUCGCGCGCGCGCGUGCGCGUUCAUGAUGACGAUAAUAAAACAACUAAUUAUAGUAUCUCGAAGGAUGCCCGAUAAUCAUGGUUCCAUUGUCCGAUAAAAUAAAUAGAUCAAUACGGGGAAUCGCGAACCAAAGGAAUUGGACAGUCCGAGUUCGAGUUCGAGUUCGGAUUUUCGGCUGGACUCGGACGCGAGCUCGGUAACAGGCUCAUCCUCGAAUCUCGAUAGGAGAUUAUCGUCGGACGGUAAGACGGAGAAGACGGUAUCGAAGAUGAGCAGCACAAACUCAGCCGGUACCGAAUAUGGACGAGGACGAGGACACGGUCACACCGAUAAUUCAUGCGGCUUGGUGGGUUCUCUCUUUUCCGGUGGUUGUCGCGGACGAGCGGAAGCCUUUGCUCGGCGUCUUCAUCGACGGCUUACAUCAUUGGGUAACGCGGAUGAUUCUUCGCACGGUAUCUCGCCGACUACGACGUCAACGUCCUCAUCAGCAGAAGCGGCGGUGGCGGCGGCGGCGGCGGCAGCAGUGAUUACCAAGCCGAUAACGCGCGAGGUUGCCUCGUGGUUACAUGCACCCUCCGAAACAGCCGCUGGUAAUCCCAUAGAUUGUAUUUUUCGGCAUCAAUCGCGAAACAGUCCGGAAACGGAACUUUAUUGCGACUUCGAAGAUGAUCUAGAUUUCGAACACGAGCCAGGCUCACCAGCCGAAGAAGUCACACCGGCGGAAUUAGCCGAUUUGUUGGUAAAUACUGAAAUUCUUAAGACGAAUCAUCACGAAACUUGUCAUUGUUCACCGAACGGUCCGAGGCUAGGAAUCGAUCAGGAGUCCGAAUCGGAAUGCGUUUUCGCUUCGCCGGCAAGUGGAACCUCACCGGCGAGCGAGGCUUCCGAGAUUUACUUUGAUCCAGAAUCGUCAGACGCAGAAAAGAUUAAGAACGAGGUCUACUUUGAUCCUAUUACAAGUUCCGAGAGCGAGUCAACUUCAAACGUCUGUAACAAUUUGGAUGAUGUCUCGGUGAAAGAAAAGCCACCGUUGUUGGUAGAUAGAUCGUCUAUAUAUCGAGAGGAUUCGUCGGACUCGAGUCUAUCCGUGAGUAAGUACAAACCGUUGCCCUUGGAGAGGUUUCGCCUCGAUACUCGUCAGAAUAGACCCACUAAAGAGGAAUGCAGUUCAGAAGAUUCGUUGAACGAUAGAAGCUCUCGCGAGACCACUUCACCGAGUCACGAAUCUCUUUGGAGCACUUUCGACGACGAUAGCACCGUUUCCCUUCGCGACGAGACUACCAGGCCCGGCAACAAUUAUCUACCAACGUGCAAACAUCUUCCAAAGUCGCAUUCGGACUCAGAGAUACUGGACAACAUAGGUACAAUAACUUUAGCCCCGAGUACCUUAUCAAGAACGAUCGAGAAAAACGAGGAGGAAGGAUACGACAUUAUUGAUUUUCUCAGUUUUCGGGAAGAACUUACUCAAGAUCCGAUCAAAGAACAAGACUCCUCUUCUUGCGAUUUUACUGACGACAAGCUCAUUGGAAAUGUUACUACGGAGGAGGCGGAAACGAUUAGCGACGAUAGUCCUACGGAUGCAAACGGCCAAAUAGACACAGAUCUGGAAGAAUCAGCUAUCAACGAUGGGGACCUCUCCGUUUAUGUUAGUACAUUGAAUAUAGCCGAUCAACUCGUAGUAGAAUGUCCCACGGGAAGAAGACUGACGGAAAAAUUGAAUAAACCUGUAAUGAACGAAGUGACUUUGCAAAUCGAGAAUGAAACAGUAUUAAAUGCGAAGAGCGAUGAGAAAAUAUCUCUAUUCUUGUUGGACCUGGACAAAGAGAAGUCUAACAGAGAUCGGAGUGGUUCAAUAAAUAGAAACAAGUGGGGGGACGAGCGAGUUGCCUCGAAAGAAGCUAAAGAAGAAAACGAAGAUGUGGAGGAUGACGAAGAAGAGGGAGAGGGGAGGGAGUCAAUGGAAGAAGGAAGACCGCGGAGGCUUAGACGAUGUUCCUCGUUGAAGACUGGUAAGACACCACCGGGAACACCCGGAAGAAAAAAGAUCGUUAGAUUUGCUGAUGUUUUGGGCUUGGAUCUUGCGGAUGUAAGAACCUUCCUUGACGAAAUACCAAAGAUACCAAAUUCGGCAUAUAGCGAUUUGAUAUACGACGACAGCUUCCAAAAAGAAAGCAGUCCGGCGAAUCUUGGCCUUUCUACGAGCUGGCACCAACGAUAUUCUCCCGCGUCCACAUCAAGAGUCGUUGAUAGGACAUUAGUACCGCUCUUUCAACAACCCGGUGGACUUCCAAAUUUCCUCGAUUUCGUUCGAGAACGCAAAGUGUGCUUGGAAAAUGUUCUUGUCCAGGACCCAUUAACUCUCUGCAUACAAGGUACGGUGAGAGUUCUCAACAUCGACUUUCACAAAUCGGUUCACAUAAGAUACACCCUAAAUUCUUGGAAGAAUUUCAGCGAUCUUCAAGCGAGCUAUAUAUCGAAUUCGUGCGACGGCUUCAGCGACAAAUUUUCUUUCAUUCUCUAUUGUCACACUUUGACGAUCGGACAGAGACUGGAAUUUGCUGUCAGAUUUCAAUGCAAAGGCACACAAUUUUGGGACAACAACGCUGGCACCAAUUACUGUUUUCAAUGCUUACCGGUCUCUUCCAGCGUCGAAUACAUCUCGGUAACGGCGAGAGAAAAUCAAAGGGACUGGUCACCUGUGUUCUACUGAUUUCUACAUGCUCGACGACUAAAGAUUUUUAUCUUUAAACUCAUCCGGAAAUGAUACCCCGACGGCAACACUCAAUCUCUCUACCGACGAUCGUCAAUUAUUAUUUCCUGCCAAUUUCCGAAGAAUUCAAAAUACUCAAUUAAUAGUCCAAUCGAGUCCGGUCGUGUACCGUAUCGUUUAGAAAUUCGAUUAUAUGUUCAAGAAGGAAGACUGAGUAACUGACAAUGAAAGAACAUUGAUUUCAAUGAACGUAGUCAAGUAUAUCUACAGGAUAUUUUUGUGAUUAGAGUGAUAUACGAAAGUACAAGGAAAAAAAGCACGAAUACCUUGUCGAGAUGUUGGUGUCGUUGUAUCCAUUUUUAUGCUCUCGACUUUUUCUCUAUCGUCAUCUAUAUUUUCUUACGCUUACCUACGUAACAGAAGGAAUCCAUCUUGCUUUGCCGACAAGAAAAUCGUCGUGCGAUGGAGUUGUAUUUAAGUAAAUCACUUUCAAUAUCGUCCCUGGUAUUUUCCGAACGCUAUGAUGCGUGUGCCUAUAUAUGCGUACAUGCGUGCUUGUACGAUUCGAAUGAAGAAAUUUUUUAGUCGAUGACCAAUCUGAAAAUUAAAAGCACGUGUGGAUAUUACAUUAUCGCGACAAUAUUAUUAACAUCGAUAAAAAUAUGUAAUGAAAAUUAUGAUCGUUCGUUACCUUAAACACUUCCGGAAUUGUCGGUGAAUGUUCCAUAAAAUCGAGAUUACAUUAGGAAUACAUUUUUUAACAAACGUACAUCGUAGAAAUGAUGGCACUGAUAAUGUAAAUCCGCUUUGGUAGCGGUUUUCGUUAACAGUAUCAGAUAUAUUUUUCUUUCUCCUCAUAUAUUAAUUGUACGUAACAAUGAAUAUCUAAUUAAAUGAAUAAACGAGACGCAGAGUAGCGAGUAUUAGUCGAGUAACAUAUUGUUAAAUGCAAUAAUACGGUGGACCGGGGAUGUUGUAUCAAUCUCGUUUACUUUUAAAUUUCUCAUGACUAAUCUCUGUCGUCCAAAGUCAUGUAACGCGUAAAAAUCGUCCUCUGUACCUACCUACGUGCUUAUGGACGUGCCAAACAAACGGCAAUUAUAUAUAUAUAUAUAUAUAUAUAUAUAUAUAUAUAUAUAUAUAUAUAUAUACAUAUAUAAUGCAAUAUACAUUGCAGGCUUUAAAAGAGAACGUUUCGCGAGAAUAUAUAUAUAUGUAUCUGUUGGAUCAAAGAUUAGUACAAAGAGUGUUUUUCGGUAGUCGAGAUAUAUUGUAUAUGAAUAUAAUAAUAUAUCUAAAAUAUAUAUAUAUGUAUAUAUAUAUAUAUAUAUACAUAUAUACAUAUAUAUAUUAGAUAAACACGAAUGAAUUCAAAAGAAACAAAAUAUAUGUACACGGGGAUAAGAGCUUUCAUACUCUUGACUUCAGAUGAAAAUAAUAGAAGGAAUAAAUAUUUGAGAUGAAGAAAAAACAAAACAAAAGGAAGAAGAAGAAAUAGAAAAAGGAGAAUAUAUAAUUUAUUACAUAAUCGUAAAUUUUUGUAAAUAGAAUAGUAUCAGCGUUGAGUUUAUCGUCGAGUAUAUCUGUGCACAGUUUACAGAAAAUGAAAAAGAAAGAAAAGCAAAAAAGAAAAAAGAAAAAACAAAAAAAAAAAAGAAACAAAAAAGAAAAGGAACAAAAAACAAAAUAAAAGAGAUGUUUUAGUUGUAUAUACACUCGAAACGACGUUUAAACGACACCCUGUGAUAUGCUUUUUCGAAGAGAAGAGCGAAUUUAUUUCUGUUAAUCCUCUCUGAGAUAAGAAGACGAGACGAAAAAUCGAGCGAAGCUUUCUUAUCGUUCUAAUAAUCGCAACGCUUACCAAACGAACGAACACGAGAAAAUUCUCCGUUCGAAAGGAAAUAUAAUAAACGAAAACUCAUCGAUAUGCAAUAAAUACGAUAUAACCUGAUCGAUCAGCAGCGCGUUUUGUUUUACGUGCUUCUUCGAUAAAAAGAAAGGAUAUCACGUCUGAGAGGCUUUUGAUAAAUAUAUGUUCGAUAAUAAAAAUAUAUUAAACGGUGAAACGCAUUUAGUUUUGAGAAUGUCAAUGAUUGGACAUUUUAUCUUAGGUCCGUCCGAAAGAAGAUAUUUUUUAUUUUUAUCAGAAGCAACCUAAUAAUAAAAUAUGGAAUGGCCUUUUACGAAGAAUACUAUUAUCACUAUUACUACUAUCACUACCUUUAUUAUUACUAGUACUACUACUACUAUUACUAUCACCACCACCACAACUACUACUACUACUAUUACUACUACUACUACUACUA